GCUGUUUACUUCCGGCGGUGUGACUGGCUCUCCAGCUGUUUCUCUCCCUUUCCCCGAAGAUGGCGUUGGAGACGGUGCCGAAGGAUCUGCGGCAUCUGCGGGCGUGUCUGCUGUGUUCGCUGGUCAAGACUAUAGACCAGUUUGAAUACGAUGGAUGUGAUAAUUGUGAUGCAUAUCUACAAAUGAAGGGUAACAGAGAAAUGGUAUAUGACUGCACCAGCUCUUCCUUUGAUGGAAUCAUUGCAAUGAUGAGUCCAGAGGACAGCUGGGUCUCCAAGUGGCAGCGAGUUAGUAACUUUAAGCCUGGUGUAUAUGCUGUGUCAGUCACUGGUCGCCUGCCCCAAGGAAUUGUACGGGAGCUAAAAAGUCGAGGAGUGGCCUACAAAUCCAGAGACACUGCUAUAAAGACCUAGCAAGAUGCAGGACUGCUGACAUCUUUGCUGUCCACCUUCUGCUUCUGCUUUGUUUUUGUUACGGAAUCUGAACAGACAGAGCUUCAAAAUCCCUGCUCCUCAACUCUGCGAAUCAUCAGACUGUUCAAAGAAUAGCGGAUCCUGUCCUUGGGCCGUGGACUACUGGUAGAGUGGGAGGGCUUGGAAUGGUGGAUUCUCAUGGCCUCAACUGAAGGAAGAUACUGUUUUUUCUACUUGUUGAAGGGCUUGCUGUAUGCUUGCCCAUGGGUCAAAUCCAAUAAACAUAAACUCUUGGAAAAUU